CCUGGAUGGUGCAGUUACACCUUCAUUGCUGACAUCCAGCAGUCACAUAAGGAUGCAUCUGUGAUUAAGGCUGCAUACUUGAACGUCUACUUCUUGGAAAAUUAAUCCAAAAGACAGAAGCAUGUGACAUUUAAAUAGAUGUCACAAUGGAUAGCAAAGUGGAUUCUACAGACGUGAACGAAAAGAUGGAUGCUGGAAAUGACAACGAGCCAAAGUUCCACAACUUGCUAACCACUGCUUCAAAGUCACCGCUUACCCUGGAGAAAUCCAUGGCAGAUCAAACCGAAUCUUUGGCUGAGGCUACGACCCGCUCAGGGCAGAUCUCCACUGAGGACACUGAAUUAUCUUCAGCUGACAUCUCUGUGAACGUAUUCCAAAAUAAAACAAUAGGAGCCUCUGUUGAAACCAACUUGUAUAAUGACGCAAAACCUGGAGUGACCAGAGCAGUAUCCAUCUGCACUCCCUGCUCUGUGGAGAAAGAUCAGCCGAAGCCUCUGUGUGCCCUGCUGCCAUCCUCCAAGGAGGCCUGCCCAGUCUAUGAAAUCAGGAGGAGUCAAGGGACCCUCAAAACCUCUGCCGUCAACACUGAGCCAGAUGAUGAUGACCUGUGUGCUGCAAUCCUAUUGGCCUGUCUCUUCUGUCAACCACUGGACUGUUUGCUGGCCACCAUGAGAGGGUGCAGUGAGUGCGUUUGGUCGCUGUGCUCGUCACUGUGUUCCUCCCUGUGCUGCUGCGAGCCCACCACCCUGCAGCCUCUCCUGGACGUCACCCACCAGUGCGACGUCUGCACGUGUCUGGACAUCCGUUGCUUCCAGUGCGAAUGUCCCGUCUGCGACAUCUGCCUCCAGGCCACAGAGUGCCUGGACCUCGCUAUGGAAAUCUCACAAAUGCUUUACCACUAAAGAAAAAAAAGAAAAAAAAAACAACACCCAGACACGAACCAAUGGGAAUCAUUUAUUUGUUAAAAUCUUUCCAAAGCCAACUUGUAGGGACAAGACAUAAAUGCUACCGGUUUCUGGUUAACAGUCGAUGUUAGCACUCAAAUAUCUGUCAGGGUAAGACAUGGUUAAUAUUGCGUAUGAGCAAAAAAAAAAAAAAAAAA